ACUGCACUCUUGCUUUAGUCUCACUCCCAUUUAAUACAGGUCAGUGGAGUGUCAUUCUAUACUUCUACUGACUGGUUAUCUCCUUGUGUCUCAGUCUGACCCAGCAGGACCAUGGCUGAGCCGAACUUCCCCCUGCCUCCAGAUGGCUACACCUGUCUUCUGUGUGCCGAUGUGCUGCGAGACCCUGUUACCAUCUCCUGUGGAGACACCUACUGCCUGGAGUGCAUCAAGGUCUACUGGGACCAGUAUGACCACCUGGGGGUGUACAACUGCCCCCAAUGCCGGGCCACCUUCACCCCUCGCCCCGUCCUUAGGCGCAACGUGCCCAACGUGACCCAGGUGCGCCGGCAGCUGCCCGAGCUGCAGCCCUUCCCUAACCUCCAGAGGGAUUCGCUGUGUGACUUCUGUGUGGGCCGCCGCAGUAAGGCUGUCAAGUCCUGCCUGAUGUGCCUGGCCUACUACUGCGAGACACACAUCAAGCCCCACUAUGAGUCUGCCACCUUCAAGAGGCACAAGCUGGUGGAUGAGACGGGUCACCUGGACAGGAAGAUCUGUCCGCAGCAUGAGAAGGGCCUGGAGCUGUUCUGUCGCUCUGACCAGAUGUGUAUCUGUGUGCUGUGUACCGUCAGGGAGCACCGCAGCCACAACAUCAUCUCUGCUGAGGAGGAGCGCGCUGAGAAACAGAAAAACCUGUUGGUGACCCAGUCUGAGGUCCAGCACAUCAUUCAGGAGCGGAUGAAGGAACUGCAGGAGUUGAGACACAACGUUGACGUUCUCAAGAGCAAUGCCCAGCGGGCGAUGUCGGACAGUGAUAAGAUCUUCAGUGAGAUGCUACAGGCGGUGGAGCGCUGGCAUGUUGAGGUGAGCCAGCUGAUAAAGGCCAACAUGCAGGCAGCCAUGUCACAGGCCGAGGGAUACGUGGAGCGGCUGGAGCAGGAGAUUCUGGAGCUGCAGCGCAGGGAUGUCGAGCUGCGCCAGAUCCUCGACACAGAGGACAACAUCCACUUCCUACAGAACUUCCCCACACUGUGUGUUCCUCCUGAGCCCAUGGUGCCCAAAGUCCUAAUCAACCCUCAGUUCUCUUUCGGAGAGGUCACCAAGACUGUCACCGGUAUGAAGGAGCAUCUAGAUGACAUCUGUAAGAAGGAGCUGAGCAAAAUCUCCAAAUUAGUAAGUGAUAUCCCUGUAUACAUACUUUCACCAAGAGGUGGCGACAAACGAUUCAAAGAAUCCAUAUUUUGUUCUAAUACAGCUCCCACCAGGGCAGAUUUUCAGGAACCCAAAACUAGAGCAGACUUCUUGAGAUAUUCCUGUCCGCUCACCUUUGACCCCAACACAGCCUACAAAGAGCUGGUUCUGUCUGAGGGGAACCACAAAGUGAUGCGGAAGAAGACAGUCAAGUUUUACCCGGAUCACCCCGAACGCUUCGAUGGCUUCUCCCAGGUUCUAUGCAAGGAGUGCCUGGGUGGGUUCAGGUACUACUGGGAAGCAGAGUGGAGCGGGGAGUUCUCCAUCGGAGUGGCCUAUAAGAGCAUCAGCCGCAAGGGUAAGAACUCUUAUAGUCUGCUGGGCUACAACGACAAGUCCUGGAGCCUGCUCUGCUCUGACUCUGGCUACUCCGCAUGGCACAACAAGAUGGACAAAGACCUGCCAGAGGCCCCACGGGCCACACGGAUUGGAGUGUACCUGGACUACGCUGCCAACACGGUGGCCUUCUACUCUGUGUCAGAGGCCAUGGAGCUAAUCCACAAAUUCAAGGCCCAGUUCUCUGAGCAUCUGUAUGCAGGCUUUGGAGUGGGCUCCUCUGUGUCCCUCUGCCAACUAAAGGAGAACCUCCAACCUUACUGAGAACGGUGAUAACAGACUGAGGGGAAUCUACUCAAUGUAAAUAGGACUAUGUAAACUACACAAUGCUAAUGUUGCACACAAUCAUUAUGAAUCAUUUAAAUUCAAUCAUUUUCAAUAAAAAUAUAAAACUGUAUGAGUGAAGUUAGGAAUGAUUCAUAAUGAGAAUAUGCCUUUGACUUCAAUACUGUGACAUGUGAUCUUUGUAAAAAUGUUUACCUAUGUUGGAAAUGUGUCAAAGAUAUGAUCUUGACCAAUCUGAGAAAAAAAAAAUAUUUGUGAUGAAUUUUC